AUGAGUAGUAAAAGUGGAAUUAGAAUUGACGAACCUCAGUUUCAGAGUUGGGAUGACUAUUAUUUACAGAAUAUUAAUUUGAUGCCAGAGGAAUUCGAUGAAUUAACAAAGAAGAAGAAUGCAAUCUUGACCAGUACUAGACAAGAGGCUGUAAUGGAUUCAUGUAUGGAACACUACAGUGAUCUAUUAAAUUGUAAAAGAGAUAACAAUGUAGCAUUCAUAAAUUGUAUCGAUUUUCAAAGACAAUUUCAUUUUUGUAUAUCAGAGAACACCGUAUCGAAAAUGGGAUCGUCAUUUAAAGUAUUAUUUAUGGAAGAACAAAGAAAGUUAUUUGAAAUAUUGGGAAGAUUUGGCAGUCAAAGAAAAUAUUAA